GGGUACAGUAGUCCAGUAUACCGAAAGCGCUUAUCCUAAUCUGUGAUAUAACUAUUUGGCUUAACGGCUUGACCGAAGUCAACUACUUUGACAACAGACAUUGACAGCUAAUCAGCAAAGGAAAUUUGCACUCGACAAUUUACGCGAAAAAUGAAAACUAUUCUUGGUUAACCUUGUGACCUUACGUAAGAUAAUAUUAAUUACAUAAAAUGGGAAAUAAAGUGUCUGCAGAAGCAAUUCCUAAAAAUUUUCCUGGAAAUAAUGGAAACCCACCACCAGAAUGUCCUAUGCAUAAAAAAGACACAAAUACGAAAAACGAAACCCCUUCGGAAUGUCCUGUUCAGCAUGAUAUAAAUCCUUAUAACAUGAUGCCACCUGCAAACCAGCAGCCAGCCCCAGAUCAACCAUUCACACUACCAACAAAUCGUCAAGUCUCUACAAUCCCUCGUGCUAUGCCAGAUGGUUCUACAGAAUUUUGGGUGUAUCCCAGUCAGCAAAUGUUCUGGAAUGCAAUGCUUCGUAAAGGGUGGCGUUGGAAAGAUGAAGAUAUCAAACAAAAAGAUAUGGAAGAUAUCAUAAGAAUACAUAAUGCUAACAAUGAGCAAGCAUGGCAGGAAGUCUUGAAGUGGGAAGCAUUGCAUGCCAAGGAAUGUGGCCAUCCUAGACUUAAGAGUUUUGGAGGCAAAGCUACUCAAUAUAGUCCAAGAGCACAGUUUAGAUCAUUAUUAGGGUAUGAAUUGCCAUUUGAUCGCCAUGACUGGAUUGUGGAUCGCUGUGGAAAAGAUGUUCGCUAUGUCAUUGAUUAUUAUGAUGGGGGUGAAGUUGACAACAAAUUUCAAUUUGCUUUACUUGAUGUCAGACCAGCUAUGGAUUCAGUUGAGAAUGUUUGGGACAGAAUGAAAGUAUUUUAUAUGAGAUAUCGUUAUGAAUUCAUUGGAGAAAAAAAAGAUAAUAAAUUGACUAAUUAGUAAUGAGUUUGAAUAGAGUUAAUUUAAAUUGAGUAGAUAUAGUUGUACAAGGUCCUAACCUACUGACAGGUAUGUUAAGAUAUAGAUAAAAAAAUUAAUAACUUAUGUGGGGUACUUCCGUCGACAUAAUUUGUCACUGCAGUAACUCUUUGUGAUUUUAAUUGUUUCAUCAUAUUACAUCAUAUUAAUAAUUCACAAUUUAUGUUAAAAAAUAUCUGUUGUGAUAUUUUGUUGUAUUUAAAUAAAAAAACUAGACAGCGAUAAAUAUAAAUUAUUUACUUCAAUGAUUUAUAUAAUUUCACGUAGAGAAGAAUUUGAAAAACUUUUAGAC